UUCACAUUACAAUUUUUUUACUAUUUAAUAUAUUUUCAAUGUUAAAUGAAUUUGAAUUUUCACUUUGCAAACUUAUUACUGAUGACACCAUUUGUAAAUAAUGCAAUAAACAUGUAUAAUAUACAUGUCCUACCUACCUAGCAUUACUUUAUGUUAUAAUCAAAAUAUUAUAUGUGAGGUCAGAUUACAGAAAUUUUUAACGUACGCUUGUCAUAUAUGAUGAACAUACAUAGCAGAGCCAUAUAUAAUUUUGACUGGGGUGUACGGAAAGGUGCAGUUUUGUGCCACAUGUUGUUUAAUGUAUUAUAUAGGUGAUGGAUACAGCUGUUGCUGCUAAGCCACAUAUGGGCGGGAGCAUAAUGGUGAAACGGGUUUUGGAAGUCCAACAAGUAUCUACUAUAUAAGUAAAAGGUUUCUAUUCGAUCUACACAUUUGAAUAUAAGCAAUAUUCAGUUGACGAUCGUUCAGAUUACAUUAAUACCUUUGAGAUAAAGAUGGUACGUUUAACACUCGUAUUGUUGUUUGUUGUUGCUGUUGCUUUUGUUGUUGCUGAUGAGGAUGAAGACAAUUCCUGCACCGAACUUAAAGAUUGCCCUUGUGGAAGUAUUUGCAUUGAUGGUGCAUGCACAGAGGGUUGCAUGUUGUACGACAAAUUUAUGCCGGCGGGUUCCGAGUCAGAGGUGUACGGCAGAAAAUGUCAUUGUGGUGAUACUCCCGACGAGAAAGGAAUGUUGCUAGAGUGUGCAGAAAAUGUAGAGUUUGUAGGCGCUCCUGAAGGCGUCGCUGAAUGGGAGAACAACCCUGCUUGUGAAGUGACCGCCGAGGAGGCCCCGGCUGAUGCAGCCACCGAAGCACCCGCUGCUUAAAUCAUUUUGACGUUCAUUUAACACAAAGUUCACGACCGCAUGUCAUGUCAACUUUCAUUUGCAUCACAUAAUUAUUAUGAAAUAAAUUAUGUUUACUUUACGUGA